UAAAGUUGGGAUGAAGAAAUCAGCGAUUGAAAAUUCUGUACCACGGAGAUGAAAACCAUGUGAUUUGAUAAGUCGUAGUGAGACAGAAUUUGAAUAGAAAAUAUAUAGCUUGGUACAUUUGCGAAUGCUGGUCAGUUGAGUCAUAUGUGAAAUUUUUCUUCUACACCUAACCAGUGUUUAAUUCACCACACCAUGGUGGCUAUAACAAGAGUAGGAUAGUUAGAGUAAUACUUUUUUAAAAUUAUUAACGAAUUAAUAUACCUAACUAGAUGUUUUUACUCCUAAUUUACAGACAGGGUCAACUAUCACUCUCUGAGAACAAGUUUGACUUUCUUAAGAGUCGCUCCAGAUUAAAUGUCUUAAGAAAUAUUACAGCGAAGUGCGCAUCAAAAUCUCCAGUGGUUGUAGAUGUCAGCUCACUACAAGUUGAAGAUGAAGGUUUCGCUGAAGAAUUGGUCGAAUGCACCAACCCUAUCUCUGUUUAUCAUUCCCUUCCGACGAAUAAAUCUGGUGUAGUGGUAUCUCAUUUUGGUCACCCCCCACUUCAAGCUAAGUCUUCACAUGAGUCACAGAUAGCUACUUCCUCAUGUCUAUCUCAAUGUGCAAACGAUGAAGUAUCCACACUAAGUGUAAAUCAUUCUGCAUCAAAUUCAAUGAAACCCCAUACAAAAUAUCCAGUUAAAGGAAGGACUUUAACAAAUAUUCGACCUCAUAUUUCGGAACAGCAUGCCCGUAGCACAAGUCCGUCUCAUCUUUUUGAUACAUAUUCACCUUCAAAAAGCACAAAUGAUUUCAUCGAUGAGAUGAUAUGGAAGGCACAGAUUUACUUCACUUAA